UAAAGAUUCUGCUCUUUAUUGUUUAAUGAUUUUGUAAGAGCGAAGGGAAGAAGUAAAAAAGGUAUUACCUCACAAAAUCUGCAACGUGUCUUAAUUUGUCAUAAAUGUGGAAUGAAUAAAAAAAAAGAAAUGAAGAUGGAUAAAGUGAUCCAUCACACCUAAUUGCCAGUUAAGGAAGGAAUAUCUUUAAUAGAAAUUUGUUGUAAAUGUCAAUUAGUACUUAAUAUAUUACUAUAAUUGUUAAUUGCCACAACUGUAAAUGUCAAUUAGUACUUCUAAAUCAUGGAAGGCGAAAAAGGAAAAAAGGAAAAUCUAAGUCGAUUUUCCCAUAGAAUUUGGGAAAUAGCAUUGGAAACUACGGAACACACUUGUUUUUGUCUGAUCAUUUUUUAUCACUAAUCAAUAAUCAAUUAGCAUUUAAUGAUCUAUUAUUACAAAGUUUAUAAUAUCAUUAAUUUAGUGCUAAUGAAAAUCACCCUUUGUGUUUUCUUGAAAAAAGUUUCGAACUUGCUGUGAAAGAAAAAAGAAGGGAACAUCAAGAUCAAAUAAGACAAGUAUAUGGAACUUGGGUGGAUUUUGUGAAAGUCUAUGCAGAGAAGAUUUCUUGAUUUGGCCUAAGCAUCAUUGAAGAUUGACUGAUUAUUGCUUUGAUCUUGGUGUCUCUUAUCUGUGUAAAUUAGUUUGAAGAGAUGUCUGCAGCUCAAGAUCAGCUCGAGAUCAAGUUCAGGUUAACCGAUGGCUCAGAUAUUGGCCCGAGAAACUUCCCUAUGGCCACGAGUAUCGCUACCUUGAAGGAGAAUAUCAUAGCAGAAUGGCCUAGAGCUCUACUUUGUGUAAGCAUCCUUGUAGGGAUGCUACUUGUAACGUCGUUGCACGUUGCAUUCUUCCCUCCGACCCCUUGUUCCUCUGCCAAAUUUGGUUGGAUAAGAGUUUCAGCUGAUCUCCAUGAGUCUGAGAAAGAAGAUGGGCCACAUACAGUAAAAGACAUCAAGUUGAUCAGUGCAGGGAGGGUACUGGAGAACAGCAGAAGUGUGGGCGAAUGCAGGAGCCCGUUAUAUGAUAUCCCAGGAGGCGUCACCAUGCACGUUGUCGUUCAACCACACGAAAUGAAACCACAAACUGAUCCGAAGCAGAGCAAAUGCGCGUGUGUGAUAUUAUGAUAUGCAGACUGAUAGGCUCUUAGCUCCAUCUACUUGAGUUAGAGAUUGUUGGAGAGACCAAGAUGAAUGUUUCUUUUGCUUUUUUAUAAUUUCAUUGUGAUUUAUUGGAAUCUUAGUUUACUUAUCUACUUGUUUUCCUCGUA